AUGUUCGUCACUAUUUCCCAGUUCAAAAACAUUCACAACAUUCACACAACAACCCCCCCCGCUCAAUUCCACCCUUCAGCUCAACCUCACCAGGUCGAUCUGAACUUCACUAUAGCCCAAAGCUUUAGCUCAAGUCAUUCCCCCGCAACGAUUCAACCGCAAGACUUUCCAGUCUUCACCACGGAUUCCCAAUCAUCAUGGCUUCCCUCCAGUUCACCCAGCCUGCCGGCACUACCCGCGCAUCAACAACUCAGCCCACAGCAUACGCCCCUUCAACAGGACUUCGUCUUGUUCGACCAGCCUCGCACCAGUCAACCUAGACGCUUAGCCGCGCAAGCAGCCUUUGGUUCCAACCAACGUCGUCACUCGUCUCACCACCUUCGCCAGCACCAGCACCAGCAUCUGCCACAAGGGCGUAUUCUGUCUCAUCAAAACCAGCGAGUAGCCCAAAUCCAGGCUAUUGGUCCUCGUCAACAUUCUCGGUCCUCUCAGGUGUAUUCUUCUCAAUCAGAUCAGUUCUACGCUUCAUCCGCUCCGUCGUCUUCGGCUGCCUUGAAUCGUCGACACCGCCCACCCGUACCGUUGUUUCCCCAUAGUAGCCACAGCAAAACCACUCCAAACAUGGACCUGCAGGAUCUCGAUCUUGACGACUUCACCGGCUUCGAGGGUGGUGCUUCUACCACAUACUCGUCGCCUGCGAUGCCCUCUGUUUUUGAUAUGGGCGGGAGUACGUCAGGUGCUAGCCAUCUGGGUACUGUUUCUCCCCAGGAUCUACUCAUUCAGGAGCCUUUCAUGUCAGCUCCAAACUCGACGGCUUUAACGGCUUUGACAUCGCCUUCUAUUUAUAACGAGUCACCCGAUUUCAAUGAGAGCUACGACGUAUCUCCUAAUUUCGGCACCGGAGAAUUCGGUUCUGGCGACUUUGACAAUGGCUCCGCUGAUCCUUGGUUCCCGUUGUUUCCACAAGAAACCGCGCCGGCCGCUAAGGAUGAUGCCAGCGACAAUCAGCAUCGUAAUGGCAAGUCACCUGCUACUCAUACCGAAGAUCUUGAGGCUGUCGAGUUUCCGUCUACCUCGGGACGUCGCAAGUCUGCCAACUCUUCUCCAUCCGGCUCUGCACGGCACUCUUCUGUUUCUGGUGUCAGUUCGCGUCGGCGGGACAAGCCACUGCCUCCUAUCAUUGUUGAGGACCCCCAUGACACUAUUGCUAUGAAGCGAGCUAGGAACACUCUGGCUGCCCGCAAGUCUCGUGAGCGCAAGGCGCAGCGGUUUGAGGAUCUGGAGGAGAAGAUUCGCAAACUGGAGGUCGAGCGCGAUCACUGGAAGAAUAUCGCUCUAGGGCGUUCUUAA